AUGAACAGUAGCCGCAUCUGCGUUGCUGUGCGCAAGCGUCCCACCCCUGACGUUGACAAGGACAUCGUCGUUGCACAGUCACCAUACCUGGUGGUGAAUGAGCCCAAGGUCAAGUAUGACCUGACCCCGUACACGGAACGGCACCAGUUUACCUACGACCAGGUGCUGGAUGAAAACUCCAAUAACGCGCUUGUCUAUAUGCGUUGCUGCUCCAGACUCAUUGACACACUCUUUAACCAUGGCAACGCCACCUGCUUCGCCUACGGGCAGACAGGCAGUGGCAAGACGCACACGAUGCUUGGAAACGAUCAUGAGCCAGGUUUGUACGCCAUCGCGGCAAAAGACAUCUUCUCACGUGCGGCUCCAUUAAAUGCUGAAGUGUACAUCUCCUUCUACGAAAUUUACGGUCGUAAAAUAUUUGAUUUACUUAACAACAAGGAGCGCCUUGUGGCACGUGAGGAUGCGGAGAAGGUGAUCAACAUCUGCGGCCUAACUGAGCACAAAGUCACCGACAUUCAAGGGUUGUUUGACAUCAUUUCCCGUGGCAGUGCCUACCGCGCUGCUGGGCAGACAAGCGCCAACAGUGAAAGCAGUCGUUCACACGCCGUCUUACAAAUGGAGAUACGGGAGGUUCAAAACCGACGCACCAAAACCAUUGGGCGAAUCUCCUUUAUUGACUUGGCAGGAAAUGAGCGGGGUGCCGACACGUUUGACUGCGAUCGCAAGACACGCAUGGAGGGUGCAGAUAUUAAUAAGUCGCUCCUCGCCUUGAAGGAGUGUAUCCGGGCCCUUGGCAUGGGGAAGUCUCACGUUCCUUUUCGUGGCUCUAUCUUAACUGAGGUGCUUCGGGAUUCCUUUGUUGGUAACAGCCAGACGACGAUGAUUGCCACAAUUUCUCCCACAUCAGCACACUGCGUCAACACCCUUAACACACUCCGAUACACGCAGCGUGUUAAAGACCUUGGCGGGGAAUCGAAGUCGGUUCCUGUGGAAAGGGGAGAACGACGCCCCGCGAAGAAGACGAAGCCGUUUGAGGCUCCACCGCCCAUCAAAACGCGACCAGAGUGGGUGGACAACUUUUUGUCAAAUGAAGGCGAACUCGGGGGAGAGAACGACGGCAACAAUAGCAAUGAACUGGCGAAGCCGCAGCCGAAGCCCCGGGUGAGUAGGCCUCUGGGUGGGAAAGGACGCGGUAAGAAGUCGGAGGUUGUAGUGCGGGAUCCGAAGAUUGCAACCAUUGUGCAAAAUCACAUUGACGCCCUUGAAGAUGGCAGUGACGAGGAGGAGGAGGAGGAGGAAGAACACGUUCCUCAGCUUGGCUUGUUAGCCAAGAGUGAGGAGAAGCAGGUCCGUAAGGUGCAUGCACAUGUUUUGGAGAAAAUUGCUAGGGCUGAGGAGAAGCUCAUUGCUUUCCACCGCCGACACAUUGACACCAAAAUGACCGGCAUUAAGGAUGAGAUCCGUGCGAUUCAGGCAUUUGAAGAUUCAGACUCUGUCGACGAGUACGUCAGCCGGGUGCGCGCGCUGCUGGUGCGGCAGAAGCAGGACGUGGAGACAAUAUUAGAACUGUUGAACGGUAUUACUGGUAUGCUUCGCGAGGAGGAGGAGCUCUCCAGCACAUUAACCACUUCGUUGAAUGUUCAUAAAUGA